GUCGACACGCGACAAGUGAAAGAAAUCCGGUCCCCGGCGAGAAGGUGAGAUUGUAGUCCCACCACUACUCUUUCUUUUUCUCCUCUCGGUCAGCAUCGUGUCCGGCCGGCUGCAGCGUCUACCUGUUGCUUGCGCUGCAGACUUAAGUCAAUACGCGCUGAGUGAAUCGCACAAAAGUUGACUUUGAGUUUUAAAAACCCUGUGAAACACUGUUAAUAAUUGAAUUUUAAUGUGUUACGAUGUGAAAUUGAGUGCGUAGUGGUGAUAUGCUGUGGGUUUAAGUGAAGACAGUGAAGAAAAAUGACAGGUGGUGGCCUGGGAGUGACCUGAUUGUGAGAAACCAGAUCUAGCGAGAUGUCCGCGUAUCAUGACCCGGUGGAGGACGCCGAUGAGGAUGGCGACAGUGAGGCAUCGGAUGUGCGCUGGCGUGAUGAUGACUGCUGUGGGGAAUGUCAAUCAUGGCUUAGACUGAAAGAUAACAACAAUCGUUCGGAUACUGACUCGAUGACAAAAAGAUUUGUCACUGUAGGCUCAGUAAGAUAUGGUGUACGAUUGGGAGCGGUUUCGCCGCCACCGCCAGGCGUGGGCCGACCACGAUACCGCGCUCAGCAGUGCUGUUGGCCAUCACCGACGCCCGCCCGGAUCCCCCCGCCGACGACGCCGACGGCCAAAAAUAGCCGCGACGCGCGCGAUAUUUUCGGCACGGCCCCGCCGCCAGUACGCGGCCAGCAGCAGCUGAGGCGGCGCGGCCCGCUGUAUGAGCGCCUCCUCUGCGACGGCGAGUGCGAGCCCGAGCUGGACCGCCUGCCGCGUUUCCGCUUCGGUGGCAACCGCGACCACCGCCGCUCUGAUAAAGAACUCUUCUUGCGUGAACUGAUGGACCGCCGUCGUAAAACGCCGGUGGUGGCGUCCGGACCGCCCACGCCACCUAUACCACCACCACGCAAUCGACACACACCACGCUCACCGGAACCCACGCCAAGUGUCGAAGGGCAUCCACUACGGACGAUGCCAUUACGAAGUGCUUCAUUCUCCGAGGUGGAUUACUCCACUGCGGAUAAUAAGUAUGUGAUGACCAAGCCACGCCUUGAUGAAGAAGCUCCUCCUACUGAACCUACACCCAUGGCUAGUAAUUUACUUGCAACUUUACCAAGGGUGAAAAAGUGUACGAAAAAUGAUUAUGAACCUGUUUUGAAACCCAGUGUGACUAUCGUCGAACAAGAGUGUAAACGCAACAGUGACUCCUCCUCCUCACAAACAGACCAAACCCUCCAAGAGAAGAAACGAGAUAAAUCUCGACGACGGAAAGGCAUCUAUCUGGAUCAAUGGCCUAAUGAAGUCCUUCCAAUUAGUGACCUCCUGCCUAACUUCACCAAAGACAAUAACACACCUUCAAGCUCCUUAGCUCCGCCCUCAACUAAUACUCCACCCUGUUGGUCCACUAGUGAAAUCCCCAAAGUGCAAAUCAGUGCGGAAAUUGAUUGUCCAGACGUCUGGACUAGUUUAGACCCUCCUGCAAUCACUGAAGAAACAACACAAGCCCAACCCACACCAGGGGAUACAGAAUGGUCACGCCCACCUCUAUCAACACAAACAUCUGAAGAAAAAGAUACUCUGCGAAUAUUCAAACCUCCACAAUUACUCAGAACUGAUUCCCUUUCUGAGGGUGAACCCGAAGAUCGCCGCUCAGAAAUAAUCCCAUCGGAUGUAUCGGAUUGUGAAAGCCGUACCUCCGUGGGUAAUGAAUCCCCGGGUUCAGGACCACACACUCCACGAAGAUAUUCAAAGCGUCCACUUCGAGGCCCCUAUGGGCAAAUGCUCGAAGCGGAAAUGAAGAAACCAGAUAGAAAGAAUCAGUGCCCUGAUUUGAAAUUUUUAGAAGACCUAUCCCCGCCUCCUGGGGGAGGUGCUUCCGGGUUAGGAGGCGUGGCUCUUUCAGCAAGCAGCUCAAUGGGCGCAGCGGAUAACAAAAGCAGGUCUAAUCGCCGGUGUAAUAAUCAUUCCUUGGACGAUUCACAACUUAAACAUCAGCUGUCACCUUCACCUUCGCACUCACCCUCACCAUCACCAUCCCCUAGUGUAUAUGUAGUUAAAUGUCAUCCUUUGAAGCGGAAAGCAAGUGUUGACUCAUCAUCAGCGCCUACGGAUCAACAGGAUGGAAGUGGUAGUAAUAGCAAUGGUAAUAAAUUGGUAGUGUCUCAUCAAAGGACCACGUCGAGUCCUUCAAAGUUGGAAGGGUUUCAACCCCCGGAGGCGUCGGAUGAAUUAUUACAGCAGUUACUGCGAGGUAGUUCGGAACAACUUGCUUUGAAUGACACAAGGACACACGUGGUCAUCGAGCUGUACGACACCGAGCGGCAUUACGUUGAAUCUCUACAGAUUCUUGUCACGAAAUAUUUGGAGCCAUUAAAAAGCCCCGAAAAUGCCGGCCUGCUCGAUGCGGCGCUGGUCGACGAGAUCUUCUACCAAAUACCCGCACUGCACGGCCAUCACAACACGUUUCUCGACGACCUGAAGAAACGCCUCGAUCACUGGGACGUUCAGCAGAAAGUCGGCGAUGUUUUAUUAUCCAUGUAUUCUAACCCAGUUGCAACCGAACUGUACACGAACUACGUGAACAAUUGGAACCGGGCGAGGGAGAUCUACAAGACUGCCCAGCAAUCCAAACCGGCAUUUGCUAAAUUCUUAGAGGCAAGUGCAAAAGAACACAAAGGAAAACUAGCACUUGGUGAAUUACUAAUCAAACCAGUUCAAAUCUUUCCCAAAUACGAAUUGUUGAUUCGACGUCUCAUCACUCACACAAAGACAUCUCAUCCGGAUUAUAAUCUGUUACUCUCAGCGCAAAGGGAACUCCACGAGCAAAUACUCAAAAUCAACUGCACGGAACGCGAAGCACUCGAUCUGGAUCAACUGAGGGAGAUUGAAGGUUUGGUUGAAGGGUUGAUGGAACUGGUAGCGGCUGACCGUCAAUACCUUCGUCAUGAUUCAGUCCAUAUGAAGGCCCCGGGAGGGGGACUCAAAGAACGCGCUUUGUUCCUCUUCUCAGACCUUUUGCUCAUUACCAGCAUCAAACGUAGAAGCGGCACUACCCGGAAACCCGUCACCAUAUCCGGUGUGCCAGGGUCUCAAGGUAGUGUCGCUAGCACCUUGGAAGCUAACAAAUACAAAUUGCUCAUGAAGAUCUCCCUGGAGGAAUUGGAGAUUGUCCGUGCGAAAGAUGAAAAUUUUAGGCAGAUGAUGCUUGAGAUUGAAAAGUUGACUGAGGAUAUAGGUACCUUGAACCAGAUUCAAGACCUAGUAUGGUCCCUGCAUAGAGGUCAUGGUCAAUUGGAUGAGAUAGUUCGGGAAAUGUUGGGAAACAUGAGCAAACAGUUGAAUGAACAACAAAACUCAGAUUCACAGUUAUGUUGUUUGGAUCUAAGUGUUACCACCAGUGCGGAGUUGGUAUCCCUGGUGUUUGCGAAACCAGAUAAACGGGCUUCCUGGGAGGAAAGCUUCAAUGAAGCCAAACAUAAACUAGCGAUGUCAGGUGAUAGAAGACCUCAUCCAGAACUAUUAGCAACAGUCCCAAUCAGAAAAACCAGAGCAGGUUUGCAAUUCACAUGCGCAGCACCCACGCAGGGUGAACACGGUCGAGAUGUCUGGGUGUGCAAUAGUGAUGGUUAUGUUGGUCAAGUAUGUGUGCUAUCCCUACAACCCGAACCCAAUGUGAUAUCCUGUAAUGGCGUGUGCAACGCGCGGAUCCUAUGCAUCGCUUCCGUUCCGGGCCUCAAAACUGAUCAUCAAGACUUGAAUGAUGAGGUGACCUCUAAAGAUCCACCACAGAAAGAACCUCAGAUACAGUUUGAUAGCAGUUCAUCCAGUGAAUACGACGAGAGGAGUGAUGAGGAGUCUGUUGACCCAUUGGGGAGUAAACGGGAGCUGUUAUCCACGCAAGCCACGCCUACUGCUGGUGGACAGGUUAAGAGUGUUGGUUGUACACAGGAAGUGGGAGAUUCCGAAGAGGCGGAUACUUCGGCAUCUACCAUGUGGUUGGGCACUGAGGAUGGUUGCAUACACGUGUAUAAUUCAAGUGAUAAUAUUCGCAUCAAGAAGAAUAAGAUACGCUUACAACAUGGUUCUGCCAUCUUGUGUAUAAUUUAUUUAGAAAACAGAGUAUUUAUUUCUCUCGCAAAUGGUGAUUUGAUUAUUUACGAACGCGAUUCAUCAAGUGGCGCUUGGAAUACCAAUGCUCCUAUAACAAUGCCAAUUGGAAGCACACAGCAACCAGUGUCUAAGAUGUUACCAAACUCUGGAAAACUGUGGUGUGCGUGUGGUAACUCAAUAAAAGUCUUAAACGUCGAGACGCUUGCGGUUGAACAUACCUUUGCCGCCCACGGCGACGCCUACAAACCAAUCGCAUGUCUCGUAGUUGCCGGAAAUGGCGUAUGGCUCUCACUACAAAACGCCGCCAUGAUUAAAUGUUAUCACGCUGCUACGUUCGAUUUACUCUGUGAGGUUAAUGUCGCUCCGGCUGUCACCAAAAUGCUAACAAAAGGUUGCGAUGACAUCAUUCGCCAACACAAAGCGGCAUGCCUUCGUGUGACUUCGUUACUAGCGUGUAAAGAACUCCUCUGGAUUGGCACUUCUGCAGGGGUGUUACUUACCAUGCCCCUCCCACAUAUCGCCGCUUCUGCAACACGUCUUACCAGUGUUCCGAGUGUAAUGGGUGUACCACAUGGUCAUACCGGUCAUGUGCGGUUCUUGAGCCAUGUUGAGAUGUCCACGGAGGCGGCAGGGGUUGUUCCACUUCCGAAUCAAUCACAAGCGAGUAUCGCACCGACGUCAAGUCAGCGACACUCCGCCCACAAGACUAAAUCCGAACGUGCGCAUGCUCACAAUCACGCGAAACUUUUGGUGAUCUCUGGCGGCGAUGGUUAUGAAGACUUCCGGAAUUCGAAUCUGUCAGAGGUCGCCGGGCGGGAGGACUCAACCAAUCAUCUGCUGCUGUGGAACAUUUAGUCCCUUAGAAGCGUGUUGCACUAUUGGCCUAACUCAAACAAUUCGCAUUUAAUGCAUGACUACACGAGUAUACUUAAAAUGAAAAGAAAUAUUCAAAACAAAAGUGAUAAAUGCAUUUGUUUUGCACGUUGAUUCGCCUGUUUUCACGACAACACGAAGAGAGAACAUGUUUCAGAAACAAACAAUUAUGAUUAUAUUACGUGUGAUAAUAAUAUUAAGUAAGUAACUUGUACAUACGGGUCGGUAAUCUCUGCAGUGCCGAUUUAUUUUUGCAAUUUUACGUUCCUAACUCAAAAUUUUUUAUUAGUAAGUGCAAUUUUUUUCACACACAUACUUAUUGUUUAUAGAUUUAUUUAUAGCUAAAUGUUACAGAGUAAUUUAUUACGUUCUAUUAAAGCUAAGUGCAUAAAGUUAAGCUCAAGAACACACACACAUCAAACGUUGUACGUAAUUCUGUUGUAUAAGACAUGAAAGACUCACGAAAAGCACUCGUUAUUUCGUCACCAACUUUUAAAAACUUGAAUAAAUACAUGUUUACUAUAGGCAACCCAA